AUGUGGACCGGCCCUCCUCCCCUUCCAGCUUUCUCAGUGGAUAGGCUGGCCCGGCGCAACAACAAAAGCAGCGCCACGUCCGCUCCAACGUCACCUCCACUGUCCUCACCUCGUUACCCUCCAUCAAGUUCAGUCUUGGGCCAAUAUCACAGCCAGAACUUGGCCGAUCUUCUCGAGCCUGCCGUCGAUGGCCCUCCUUCGCCAGAGAGCAUAAGGGCAUUAAGUCAGCAAGUGAGGCGGACCACUACCUCAUCACCGGUGCAGGAGAAGCUCCGGAACAACCAACAGACUUGCUCUGGCUCGACGUCUUCACUGCAGUCCCUCAGCUACUCGGGCUGCCCUCCAUGGGAACAUUCGUUCGAUGCUCCCUACUCUGCACCUAUACAAUUGUCGCGUAACUCUUCGGGCCGCUCAGAAUCAGCCAACAUGCAACAUCAAGCACGGGAGCGGACAGAUAGCGUCCAAAUCUUUGGCAAGGCCUUGUUCAACCGCAAGCCCAAGUCCAACAAGAGAGAUAGCAGCAACUACAGUAGCUCUGGAUCGAGCUCCAUUUACUCACAGGAUCUUCCACUCGACACAGUCAGCCCUCCGCUGCCAGUUGCCGUCAUGAAUCUGCCUACUGCCAACCACAGCAUCCCAUCACUCUUCAGCAGGAGAAAGAACGCAAGGGACUCUAUUAUCGUUGAUUCGGAUGUGAAGAGGAAGUACACCAUCUCGGCGCCAUAUAACUUUCAACACUUGGCACACAGCGAGAACAAUGGCCGGCCUGGCAUGCAGACGGCCAACAGGCUAACUAUGCAGACCGAAGACUCCCUUAUACGCGCUUCGCGAGUACCUUCUGACGGCUCUCUUGUUGGCAUCAACGCCGAGUCGCAUAGCUCAGUAAACUCGUCGUAUGAGCAUCUCGAGAGCUCUGAUAAGCACACUGAAGUGGCUGCAAAACGAACUUCCGUGUCCCCAGUGUCUUCAAUUUUUCCAGUGUCUCCAGUCAGGAGGAGAUAUCCUUUGAUCAAGGUGCGAUCUCGAGACUUCAUGGAGCAGUCACCUCCCCGGCAAACCAAGCUAGACGAGAUAGCACCACCAGUCCCGCCUCCCCGAGUGUCCAGCCGAGUAUCACUCGGGCACGCCAGAUUGGAUUCCACCUCUGCUACCACCAUUCAUGAUAGACCGCAAACUAGUGGCGGCAUAUCACAAACGUCGCAGCGAUCCGCAUCGUCUGACCAAGAAGAUGACUAUCUUCACAUGCGGAAAACCAGUCGCGAUAGCAACAUCGUUCCGGCAGACUUCAGAUUCUCGCGUGCAACCCCGCCGGCAUCGAAUACCAACAACUGGCCUCUUACAUGCUCGCCAGGUGCUGUCUCGUCCGAUGCACUCCCCAAUGUUCCCGAAGAGGAAGAGCACGCUAUAAGGGCUAGGUCACGGGCGAGCAUCAUCAGCACCAACUCAUCACUGCGAGCCAGCAAAUCAGUACCUAUGCUGUGGCAGAUUGGAACUUCCAGCCAACGACCAUCCAGCAUCGCAUCGGACACCCUUGGCCGCUUUGACAUGUCACGGUUGGUGGCUCAGCGUGCACCAGCUGUGGACAGCACGACUAACGAGCCUCUUGACGUUCUCCUCAGUGACAGCUGGGAGGACGACAUUGACUAUUGCUAUGAGCACGAGGCAGAGGCCGACUGCAAUUAUGCAUGGGACCGUCCAUCGCUCGACAUAUCUCGCGAAGACGAUGAAACAACACCAGUCGAGUUUGACUACAACGAUGAGCACUCAGUGUUGGCUCAUGGAUAUCUGCAUCCUGGCCGCUUUGACGUGCCAGCCCUGAGCCCCGUGAGCCAGGUGUCCAGAGACAGCAUGAUACUCAUGGAGGCAGUCACUCCUACUACACCUGCUGUUCCAGCCUCGGCAAACUUUUCACUACCUAGGGCAGAUAUCCAAAAGCAAGCGUCGCGACGACAGGUACGGAAGCCGCCGCAAACAUUAAACUAUACCGAGUCGCAGGGUUUCGAUCUGUCACCAACCCUGAUCAUCCCCAACGGGGAAUUUCAACGCCAGGUUGUGGAGGAACCUGAGUGGUACCCUGGCCAAGAUGAUAUCCUGACGACGCGGUCUCCUUAUAGUUAUGAGGAGCCCACUCUCAACAUGGACAAGUCGGCACUAUUUGUCCAGUCUCGCGUCAGCGGCUCCACCGUGGCUAGCAUGAGCUCGGAUCUCACCAGCUCGGAUCGUCACGCCUCCACUUCGACUACAUUCAGUCGCCUGACAUCCAGCACCAGCUCCAUCAGCAUCCAGGGACUGGCGGACCAGUCGACCGACACUCUCGUCCAGGCUCGCGAGAUGGCCGACCUCAGCCCUGUGUCGCCCCAAAAGUCAAGGGAUGACUCGAUGAGCAAACUCACCAAGCAGCGCAAAGAGGAGCAGGCUCCGACGCGAACACGCCAGCGGGCAAAGACACUGAGCCAUGCCCAGAUGGCUUACUCUAAACCCUCUCUCCAGCCCAACGUUCAGCAUUACGCUGCUUACACUAUGUCUGUCUCGCGAAUUUGA